AUGGAACUCACUCCCCUUUCGCCCGUGACUGCAGUCACUUUCAACUAUGAGUACUACUACGAGGAUACCUGCCAGUAUGACCAUCUGCAACAUAUGUCUACUUUCCUUCCUGUUCUGUAUACUGCGGUGUUCCUGGUGGGCAUCGUCGGCAACUCCAUCUUAAUAGUAGCUUUGGUCUUCAAGCGACGAAUCCAGAGGCUGAUUGAUGUCUUUAUCAUCAACCUUGCUGCCUCUGACUUCAUCUUCCUCAUCACGCUGCCAUUCUGGGUGGACAAGGAGGCGUCAGAUGGGAGCUGGAGGGUAGGCUCUUUCCUCUGUAAAGCUAGUUCCUAUAUUAUCUCAGUCAACAUGCACUGCAGCAUCCUCCUCCUCACCUGUAUGAGUGCAGAUCGGUACCUUGCUAUCAUGUACCCCUCUACAGCUAGGAGGGUCAGAACACGAUCCUACUCCAGUGGGCUCUGCAUCUGUGUCUGGUUAUUAUCAUGCUGCUUGGGGAUGCCAACCCUAUUGUCCAGAGAACUAAAGGAGCACUAUGGAAAGACAUACUGCACAGACAAAGCCAUGACAGAGACGAAGCAGAUUGCGUCACUGAUGAUUUUAAUCCUGGCCUUCUUCUUCCCAUUGUUGAGUAUCUUAACCUUUUACUGCUCCAUCACCAGGAAACUGUGUGUGCAUUAUCAAAAGUCUGGAAAACAUGAUAAGAAACUGAGGAAGUCCAUCAAGAUCGUCUUCAUUGUAGUGGCUGCUUUUGUUAUCUCCUGGGUCCCCUUCAAUCUCUUCAAGCUUACGGCCAUCGUUUUGGGCCUCCUGAAGCCGCCUGAGUGUUUUCCUGACACAGUUGCCCAGCUGGGCAUGAAGGUGAGCAGCCCUUUUGCCUUUGCCAAUAGCUGUGCCAAUCCUUUCAUUUACUACUGCUUUGACAACUACAUCCGCAGAGCCAUGCUCAGGUGCCUGUGCCCAUGGGUGAAAAUUAGCAGUAGUGGUAACAAUUCUGAUACUUUGGACACGGGCCUGAGCCAUUCCAUAUCCAAUUUUGUCGCGGGGGAGUACGCUGCCAGGAAGAGGAAGCGUUCUGUGUCCCUCUGA